UAGAUCCGAUCUUGGAUUUAUUAAAGUAAAAAUUCUGGAGCAUUAAACAGAGGAAUUCUUUGUUUAUCAAUCUCCAGAGUCGAACCGGUAAUCCUCAGCCUGCAACCUGUUGAACAUACUUUAAUCGCAUCAUCAUGGACAAACUACGCCGCGUUCUGAGUGGAGAUGAGCCGACUCCGGAAGAGGAGAGCAGUAUCAUUACACAGAUUAACGAAAUGUCCACCUUAAGUUGGUCCACACGCAUCAAGGGAUUCUGCAUUUGCUUCGUCUUGGGCAUUUUACUUUCCCUACUUGGUUCGGUUGCCCUAUUUUUGCACAAGGGAAUUGUGGUCUUUGCGGUCUUCUACACCCUAGGAAAUAUCAUCUCGAUGGCCAGUACGUGCUUCCUGAUGGGGCCCUUUAAGCAGAUCAAGAAAAUGUUCGCGGACACCAGGCUGAUAGCCACCAUUGUAGUUCUCGUGAUGAUGGUCCUGACGUUUAUAGCGGCUAUUGUGUGGAAAAAGGCUGGACUCACGCUCAUUUUCAUUAUCAUACAAUCGCUGGCCAUGACCUGGUACUCGCUGUCGUACAUCCCCUAUGCCCGCGAUGCGGUCAAAAAGACCGUCUCGGCAUUCCUGGAGGUCUGAAAUCAAUCGCGCUUCUGUACAUAACUCGAGAAAAGCUAGAUUGGACUCUAACUUAAGCUAAGACAAUUAAAUCGCGUGUAUUACUCUAGCACUAGAACAUAGAAAGUCCUUUGUAUUCUCUUAUUAACAAGAAUUUUCUUGGUUUGUCUUUUUAAUAAA